AUGCAUUCCCUCACGUUAUACGCUGUGGGUCUCGCGGUCGUUGUCUUUGCGUUGUACUCCUUCUUCAGUGCCAUUGCCAGGCGGAAUGAAAAGUAUAAUCCCCAAGGACUGCCUGGUCCAACUCUUCUGCCAUGGAUCGGGCGCGUGCACGACUUACCGAUCCAGUACAUGUGGCUCAAGUUCAAGGAGUGGGCCGAUGUCUAUGGACCAAUUUAUCGAACGAAAAUGCUCGGGGCGAACUUCGUAAUCGUAUCAGACGAGAGCAUAGCAGAGGAGAUACUGGUAAAGCGUGCCAAGAUAUACUCAGACCGGCCACAGGUCAAGUCACUGUUCGAUUCAAAGAGUACCCAUGGCUCCAUGGAAUAUCUUCCUCUCAUGGGCAAGAACCUUUACUGGGCACGACAAAGGAAGUUCACGCAUGCAUACCUCACAGAAGCCACUAAUCAGAGAUACUAUGGCCUCAUGGAAUUUGAAGUCAAGCGAUGGUUGCAUGUUCUACUCACUGAGCCCGACAACUUCUGUUUCUCUCUCGAGGAUAUGGCGUCCAAGGUCAUGUGCCAGCUCACAUGGGACGACCACUCUUUCAGUCCCUAUCUGACCAAGAGUGCUUGGGGUCUCCUAACCCAGAUGUCCCCAGCCGGCCCCAUCACAAACGUCCUCACUCCUCUCUGGCACCUUCCACAAUUUCUCAAUCCAUGGAAGAUCGCAGAGCGCAAGCGACAUGACGAGCAACAAGCAUGGUGGAUGAACCGACUGCAGGUCACCCGCAAACUCAUGGAGAAAGGCAAGCAACGGCCAUGCUUUACCCGGACAUAUCUCGAGACCUCGGAGAAGUCCAGUAUCUCCGGAGACUACGAGGCCUCUUCCGUCAUUGGCAUGAUGGCCCUCGUCGGGAUCUUCACUGUCGCCGGACCACUUUACUACUUCCUCGUCAGCAUGAUCCACCACCCAGAGUGGCAAGUUAAGUGCCAGAAGGAGCUCGACGAGGCAUGUGAAGGUCGCAUUCCCACCCUGGAAGACAUGCCCAAGCUGCCGAUCCUUCGCGCGUGCAUUAAAGAGACCAUGAGGUGGAAACCGAAUGUCCCUACUGGUGUUGCCCACGAGAGUGAGGCCGAUGAUUGGUACAGAGGAUACUUCAUUCCCAAAGGAACGCGCAUCCUUCCAUUGGACUGGGCAUUCCUUCGCAACCCCGUCAAGUACCCAGACCCAGAGAACUUUCGGCCUGAGCGAUGGCUCGAGUCGGGAUGGCCGACGUUCCAGGAACCUCUCACGAAGUUCCCCACCGUGGUCGGCUUGACGUCUUUCGGUUGGGGGCAGCGUCAAUGUCUUGGGCAGAGCCUCACUAGGGAUGAGAUGCUCGUCGCCUGUGGCGGAUUGCUGUGGGCUUACAACCUGAAGAGGAAGGUCAACCCAAAGACUGGAAAGGAGAUCGAAGUUCCUUUGAAUAAGUCGAAUUCCCUUCUCAUCGUGAAGCCAGAUCCAUUCGAGAUGGCGUUCGAGCCUCGCAGCGACGCGCGCAAGGCAGAUGUCGAGGAGCUGUGGAGAGUCGCGGAGAAGAAGGACGCUGAAGAGAGAGCUGCAUUCUUGAAGUCUGCUGAAGCAAAGGAGACUAUACAGCAAUGAGAUGUUGGCUUGGAUCGGGUUUGAUAGUACGUUGAUGUAGCGCAUGGAGCGAUCUUGCUUCGCCGCGAUUUGAUUCGUCAAUGUGUCAUUACCUUAGACAUGUAUAGCUUGUAAUUUGUUGAUGACGAAGCCUAAUGAGAUUAAAUGCACUGCUGGUCGAAUCCUUGUGCAUUAUCAUUUACUUGUUGAUGUCGUGUGAGCG